AAAAUUUCAGUCGGCUUUUUUCACGACGCGCCCGCGGUUUGUUUGUUUCAACAGACUUUUACAGCAAAUUGCAAGUGCAUUGAAUAGAAAAAGUUACUUGAUUUUUGCUAAUUGCCAGCAAAUAAGUUGUGAAAAAAACCAAAAGUCAUGUCACACAUGUUACGGCCCGUGCCGACGGCCAGAAGCGUAUAACGUCUUAAGUGUUGGACGAUGGACUAACCGGAACCCGCUCGAAUUGCGUGAAAGCCAGUCAGCCAGCCAGGUAGACAGGUAGCCAGGUGAGCAGGUAAGCAGUCAGGCAGUCAGCCAGUAAAGCGAACCAAUCGGACUUACUCGAGAGCUUAGCGGGAUUCGUUGGCAUCAGCAGCGCCAUGUUCGAUGUCACCUGGCUGCCCACCGCCUGCGGCUCACUGGCGCCGGCAUUGAUACCGCCGGCUCAUAUAGUCAUAUUGUGGUACUUUUGGGAGAAUUAUGCGAGGUAUGUGGACCGGCACUUUUGCACGUGCUCCUGCUGGGACACCGUCUUCAAGGGUCCCUACGAGUCGGGCGUGGCCGCCUAUAAGCACAUGUACUUCAAUGCAACGCCGAAUAGCUUCAAGAUGUGGAUACUGACCGUAUUUGCGGUAAUUGCACUUUACGAGUGCAUCAAGCGGCUCAUCGCCUUGAUCCUGCAGCAGCGGGUGCGCUACUCAAUGCUGCUGCUCUUCCUGCUCUCCAUCUUCUCGCACUAUUAUGCCUGGUGGGCGUAUAUCAACUACUACAACGACGAUUACUACAAUCAAUGGAAUCACCAACUCUUCUUCACGAUAACGGAGCUGUUCUCCACAGUGCUAGUCAUGCACCUGGCCAGCACCACGAAUGUCGUCAAGCCGAAGAAGGUGUUCUGCAUUGUGGGCAUUGCCCUGCUGCACAUUCUGGCCGGCAGCUUCGACCAGUUCUUCAUGAACGUGGUGCGCGGCGAGGGGGCAGCCCAUCAGGUGGUGCGCGACAUUGGCUUUAUGCUGCCGGAUCUGCUGCAUCUGGUCAUCCCGAUAUGGCUGUUGCGGCGGGCGCGUAGCGAGAGCUUCGGCACGCGACCCUUCUAUCGGGAUCGGAAGCUGCACAGAGAUAUUGUGGCCAUGCUGUGCCUGGUGUCCAUGCUGUUUGUGCUCUGCACUAUUUUGUGAGAACGAAUCUUGUUUGGCGCCUACGAGGAGGCGCACGGCAAGAUCAAGCCCGCCCAGGAUGCUGCCGUAAUGCUGCUGAAUCGCUACCGCAUGCUGGCCAACAACAAUGUGCAUAACUAGUUGGGCUGGCUGGACGCCGGGAUGAACUGUGGACAAUAUGCUGCACUCGCCAGUAAGUGUGUGGGGGCGCAGCUUAAGCUUGUAGUUUUGUACUUUCUGUUCUGCCAUUUACGACUUUUGUGAUAGAUUUUUGAACAGAGAUUUUGGUUUGACGCAAAGAAUAUCGAGGCAUAUACGAAGUAUCGAACCAAUACUUAUCCCCGAGUACAUAAUCAAUACAGCAAUACUGUUGACUUCCAUUUAGAAAUGUUGGCCGAUGCUCUGUUAAAACAUAUCCAUAUAUACACCCACACAUAGACACAAGUGGAUUUGCACUAGGCACUAAUAGAUUAUUAUAUUAAACCAAACACUGGCGCAGCGAUUAAGUCGAGAUAAACCCAUAUUGAUAGUUGAUCUAGAUACAACGAAUAAGUAAUUAGCAAAAGCUCUGGCAAGGCUUAGGACAAGUUAGGAACUGAAAGAUUAGGGACGACCUCAACAUCAACUUAUUGCCAAGUAUUGCAUAUACAUAUACCCACCCAGUGUUAUUCUAUCUUAACGUUAGAUGCGAUUUAGACUGUUGUUGGAUAAUACAUAUAGCAUUAUUAUUAUAUAUAUAUAUAUACACACACACUCACACGCAAACACACACACACACACAAAUGAAUCGAAAUAUUCCAGUAAAGUAGUAGAGAACAAAUUGGAAGACCCUGUAGUAAUCAAAAAUAGCGUUAAACGAUAUUGUUAUACAUCCAUGAUAUAAUAUGAAUAUGGAACAUGGAAUAUGGAAUAGCCUCUAAAUAUGUAUACACCCGCACACACAAACCUAUAUACAUACAUACAUAUAUUUUUAGUAUGCAGCAUUAUAUUAAAUAAACAUUAAGAGACUGAGAACGGGCAAAUC